AUGAAAAUUAUUGAUGACCUACCUUUUAUAAAAAAUAUAAAAAAACAAUAUCAACAAGUAUUAAAAUAAUUAAAUGUUUAUUUUUUUAUACAAUCUUUUAUAUAUUUUAUAAUGUUUUAUUUCUAUAAUUUUUUUUUUUUCUAACUUACUUAUUAAUAGUAUUUUUCAUUGUAAUAUUUUAAAGUUCUAAAAAAUAUAAAUUUUAUAUUUUUGAACUAUAUUUAAGAGGCAUUGCAUUUACAUUGA